AUGCCUGUGGAAUCAAAACCAGAGAAGAAAUUGAAGGUCACCGCUUUAUGUGAACUAUGUCAUGGUCGUAAAGCGGUAAUGAAAAGACCAAAGAAUCUUCAGAAGUUAUGUAAAGAAUGUUUUUAUAAAGUUUUCGAAACUGAGAUUCAUAAUACUAUCACUGAUGCAAAUUUAUUUCAAUACGGAGAAACAGUAGCUAUUGGAGCUUCUGGAGGUAAAGAUUCAACAGUUUUAGCAAGUAUAAUGAAAACUUUGAAUGAAAGAUACAAUUAUGGGUUAAAAUUGGUAUUAUUAUCAAUAGAUGAAGGGAUUGUUGGUUAUAGAGAUGAUUCCUUAGAUACAGUUAAAAGAAAUAAAAUCCAAUAUGAUAUGCCUUUAGAAAUCGUUUCUUAUAAAGAGUUAUACAAUUGGUCUAUGGAUGAAAUCGUCGCUUGUUCAGGAAUGAGGAAUUCUUGUACUUAUUGUGGUGUUUUAAGAAGACAAGCUUUAGAUAGAGGUGCAGCCAAAUUAAAUAUCAAUCAUAUUGUCACUGGUCAUAAUGCUGAUGAUAUGGCAGAAACUGUUUUAAUGAAUAUUUUAAGAGGUGACACCAAAAGAUUAGAAAAGUCAUGUUCAAUAUUAACAGAAUCAGCCGAUUCACCUAUCAAAAGAUCAAAACCUUUCAAGUAUACUUACCAAAAGGAGAUUGUUUUAUAUGCACAUUAUAAGAAAUUGGAUUAUUUUUCAACUGAAUGUAGUUACGCUCCUGAAGCUUUCAGAGGUACCACAAGAGAAUUAUUAAAAGCUUUAGAAGCCAAUAGACCUUCAAUUAUUAUGGAUAUCAUCUAUAGUGGUGAACAUUUUGAAUUGAAAAGGAAGAAACAAACUGUUAGUUAUAAAAACAAAAAGAAAGAUGAAACUCAAAUCAAUGCUGAUGGUUCCAUUUCUUUGAAUAAAGAUUUCACCAAAGCCAACAAAUGUGAAAAAUGUGGUUAUCUUUCAUCAAACAAACUUUGUAAAGCAUGUGUAUUGUUAGGAGGAUUGGAAGCUAAUAGAGCCAAGAUAACUUUGGAUACUGACACUUCUGUUGAAGGAGCUGCUAAGUUAACUAGAACUUUAGAACAUUUAAGUUUUUAA